AUGUACGUCAAGAGGCUCUCACCACUAGAUCUGUGCGAGAUUUUCUCGUACGGAGACGCCAGGAAGCACCCGCUUGUGCCUCUGAGUCACGUCUGCGAGGUUCUCUUUGAUCUCGACCCCGAAUCGGCGAAUGGCUCGGAUCCGGUUACUGACGAAAUGGAGGAGUUUCUGUAUCAAUUUGCUACUGAGGAAGGAGGAGAAAUCAUAGUGAACAUCCGAGAGGCCUUGCGAGCGCUUAACAUUUGGCAGUCUCGAGUCACUUCUUCAUCCGCUCAAGUUGCUCCAACCAAGGCGGCGUCAGAUGCUCACUCCAAAGCACUCGUCCUCGAAUCCAAGAACAAGAAGCUUAAGGACGUCAUUUCCAACCUGCAAGAGGCCAAUCUACGGCUCAGCAGACAACUGGAAUCGACAAAACUCGCUAUGAGUCCGAAGUCAGCAGAGGAAUCAAUGCCGCCCGCUUGGUCGCCUCGAAGUCGAGCGACAAUGAAGACGUCGAGUGUUGAGGUUUCUCCAGUCAAGUUCAAAGCCACGUCUCCAACCAAACGGACGACAUUUUCACCAUUAGCUUCCCCAAAAUCGAGUUCUUUGCUGCAGGUUGUCAACCUUCACGAGAAAGAGCUGGUGGAGAUAGCGAGCAAGCUUCAAUUCACGGGUGUGAAGCGGCUGGAGGAGAUUUUAAUUGAGGGAGAUGCAGAUUCUACCGGAUUCGUGAAUUUGAAGCAACUUUGCUACAUUUUAGCGGAUCAAUUCGACUUAAAAGUGAGCGAGACGCGGCUGAUCGAAGUGUGUAUGGGCAUGAACUUCAACUCGCAGGCUCAGCUCGACUACAAAGAGUUCGUAGACGUGCUGAUGGAUAUUCUCAUCUACGCCUUACCGGACAUUCGGGAGUCUGCAAAGCGGAAAUCUAUUCUCCGUCUGGACCAGUAUUUACAGAGUGGAUUCCCACCAGGGCGUGAGGGCGCUCGGCAGCUACUGGAUGCCCUUUGCUCCAAGUAUGACUUGGACGGAGACCAGAUUAUUUCAGUGGCAGAAUUGGUGCGCGUGUUUCACGUGGAUUUAGCGAAACAUCACGCUCUCAACCUCCCAUUCCCAUUGGAAGAGCACGAAACCAUCCAACUCGCCCACCCGUUUAUCCAGCACAAUUCACAAGAUAGAUGCUCAGAGGGAUUUUUAUCCUACGCAGAGCUACUUGAUUUCGCGAUUUCGACGAGGUACUUUAAGCGGAUUUUCGAGCGACACAUUUCAUCGGACGACAUGGACGUAGUGAUAGCAGCUCUCGGAUUGGAUAGUUCUGCCUCGGAUGACGACAAAAGUGGAGUUGCAUUGAGGUAUGACGUCCUGUUGAAGAUGGUUUUCGGUUCUCCGGAUCUAAAUGAUGAUCGUUACUUCGACUGCUGCAUCCGAAAGAAGCUUAUGCGCGAGCAGGAUCGACUUCAAGCUUAUAUAACGGAGCUCAUGACAACAAAAGGGUCAUCACACGGGCUGUCGCUUCAGGAUUUCCACGAUACAUUCGUAGUCCAGGCAGACGAACAUCCACUUGCGAUGGUUGAAUUGUUUUUCCUGUUCGGUAGUGCGGGUUUCAACCACGAAGGGACGGUUGAAGUGAAAUCUCUAAAACGUUUCUUGUCAACGAAAUGUUGGCGAGACGAGAAGCGUUCUUCUGGUGGUAAUCGUAGCUCGGCUGCCGAUACUAAAAGUUUCAAUGGUUCGUGCGAUGUCGAAUCACUUAAGAAACUAGUGGCUAAGGGCUGCGCUGGGUACGAUUUGUAUCGUGUACUAGAUGAUCUCUCUCGCAAAUCGCAGGGUUGGCUCACUCAGAGCGCUGUAGUGAAAGAGCUAAUGAAGAUGAUGCACGAGUUAGGGGUCGUUGGGAUCCGCCAAGACGACCUCAAAGCCUUCGUCCAGACUUUGUCAACCCCAGCUGAGGUGAAGCCUGCACGACCUCCUGCCAGAGACGGCAUUCAUUGUGACGUAUUUUUUGACGCGCUUUUUGACUGGAAUGCGAUGAUCAGUAGUAUGCGACUGCCUCACUCGUUGGUAGAAGUUAAGAAGAUUUUAGAGAAGUUCGACUGGGAGCGCGUGGGCUCGAUUCGGCGCGAUGAUUGGAAUAAAGCUUAUCGCCUCCUUUCUCUUGACACGGACAACAAAGGCCACUUCAACGCAGCGGACCUGAAGGCCUAUUUGAGCAAAGAAUUCGAGCGUGAUGCGGUAGAAUUGGACAGCGGCAUCGCGCUAUUGAACAAUGAAGACGCUCUAGCGUCUGUGAUGCGUCUUCUUGCUGGAGACAAGCUCGAU